AUGUUCACAGCUAGAUCACUAUUGUCAGCAUCCCUCUUCAGAAAGGGAAACAGCGUCAACUCAUUGUUCUCCAACUCUGGUGUUGUUGGUGUCACCAGAGGAUUCAUGAACAUCGUUCCAGAUCCAUCUAUUGGACUGACAGAUGAACAGAAGGAGUUCCAAUCAAUGGCUUUGACUUUUGCACAGGAGAAGAUGUUACCAUUCGCUCCAAAGUGGGACCAAGAUGAGUUCUUCCCAAGGGAUGUCAUGAAGGAAGCAGCUCAACUUGGAUUCGGAGGUGUCUAUGUAGACCCAGAGGUUGGAGGAUCAGGACUGUCACGUGAGGAUGCAACUAUUAUAUUCGAGGCAUUGUCCUCUGCCGAUGUCAGCACAACAGCAUUCAUAAGCAUUCACAAUAUGUGCGCAGGACUCAUUGAUAUCUAUGGUAACAAUGAACAGAGACACAAGUACUUGCCAUCAUUGACAAAGAUGGACACAAUUGCAUCAUAUUGUUUAACUGAGCCAGGCAGUGGAAGUGAUGCUGCUUCACUAUCGACAAAGGCUGUUAGGGAUGGCGAUCACUACAUUCUGAACGGUUCAAAGGCAUUCAUCAGUGGUGGAGGCGACAGCGAGGUAUACAUGGUGAUGGUGCGCACUGGAGACAAGGGUGCCAAGGGCAUUUCAUGUGUGCUCGUCGAGAAGGGCACACCCGGCCUCUCCUUUGGCAAGAAGGAGGAGAAGCUCGGCUGGAACACCCAGCCAACACGUGCUGUCAUCUUUGAGGACUGCCGCGUGCCAGUGGCAAACCUCAUUGGAAAGGAGGGACAGGGCUUCAACAUUGCCAUGAACGCCCUCAAUGGUGGUCGUCUGAACAUCGCCGCCUGCAGUCUUGGCGGCGCCCAGGCAUGUCUGGUGGCUGCCCGCGAUCACGUCAAGGUCAGGAAGCAGUUCUCGCAGAACCUGGCCAACUUCCAGUCGAUCCAGUUCAAGCUGGCCGACAUGGCCACCCGACUGUACGCCGCACGUACCAUGUUGCGCAACAGCGCCAAGAUGCUGGACGCCAAGAGCGCCGAUGCAUCCGUGUACAUUGCCAUGGCCAAACUGUUCACAUGCGACACCUGCUUCGAGCUCUGUGACGAUUCCCUCCAACUGUUGGGCGGCUACGGCUAUCUCAAGGACUAUCCCAUCGAGCGAUUCCUUCGUGACACCAGAGUUCACCGUAUUCUCGAGGGAAGUGAUGCUGUCAUGCGCAUCAUUGCUUCACGAGAGAUUCUCAAGGAUUAA